AUGUCUUCAAUCCUUCCAGUCCUCUCUGGUCCUCCCCAAAAUGAUCCCAAGUUUAUCGGGACUCCAAAUAACUCUCCCUCCUUAACUUCGGCUUCUUGGUCUGAGCCAAGGAGUCGAACUUUAAUCGAAUUACUUCAAACUCAAGUUCAUUUGGGUAAGCGCUCCGAAUCUGGUUUUAGAAGGGAAGCUUGGGCGGAAGUGACGAGCGAAUUCAUCAAAAAGUAUCACGGUCAAUGGACUCGUGAACAACUCAAGAAUCAUUUUCAAAUUUUAAAAUCCCAAUAUAACACAGUACGCGAACUGCGUUCUCAUCCUGGUUUCCAAUGGGACGAUUCAACUCAUACGGUCACUGGCUCUGCUGCUGUCUGGGAUGAAUAUCUUAAAGCACGUCCCAAGGCAAAACUGUUCCGCGACCGAGGAUUCCCACUUUACGAUGUCCUCGACAAAUUGGUUGGCGAACCCUCAGGAUCCGGGCGCAAACGCAAUGCCUCCCAAGCAUUUGGAUCACCAUUGCUAGUUCAACCAGAUGUUAUGGUCAAUCCGCAGCUACCGAGCUCUACCCCCUACAACCCUCACAUCAUGCAACAUGCCGAACUCAAUGGGUCCUUACCCGUUUCUCACGACUUAUCAUACGAGAAAGAUACCAGUCGACCUCCUGGUGGAUCCGACACUGGCUCGACUGAUCUGAUCCACGUUCAGGACCCGAAACGAAUGUGCUCUAGCCAGUCCUUUAUCCUUACUGAAUCACUACAGCAAGCAUGUAAGUUGGAAGAAGACCGAAUCAAGCAAGAGGCACACGACGCCUUGGAACGCAGACUAGAAGCUAUGAUCAGACGCGAAAGAUUUCCUAAUAUGAAGGAAGCACUCCUGAUAUUUGGAGAAGCGUCUAAGGAACAAUUCGAAAACACAUCACAACGUAUGGCUGCAGCAUGUGUACUACGCUCCGAAGAAAAUGCUGCUUUCUUCUGCGCUUUACCAGACGACUUGAGAUGGGAUUGGUUAAAAAGUGAAGUGUCUGCCGCUGAGAACCACAAUCUGCACCCGAUGAUUGAAGUUCCGAAAUGA